UGUGGAGACUCAGAACGAUGAAGAACUGCAUAGCAAGCGCCCUGCUCCUCCUGGUGGCGGUUUCGGCCAUUCAGGCCGCCUCGGUGGCCAAGCCCACCUGCGGAGGCUCCACCUCCUCGAAGAACAUUAAUCUGGUGAAUCCCACAAAUCCUCCGCGGGAGUGCGAGUAUCACAUCAAGGCGUACAGCAAGUACGUUUGCCAGCUGCGCAUUAACUGGGGAAUGACCAUGGCCCAACCCACGCUGGAAUCCGAUGGAUCGGGACUGACCUAUGCCGAGUGCACCAGGGACUAUUUCGAGGUCAAUGGACUGAAACUGUGCGGCACGGAGGUUUGGCAGCACAUCUAUGUGCCCUUCAAUGCCACCGAUGGUGAAGCUGUUGUGGAUCUGCGCAUUGUCCUGGCCGACCGUGCCGGAGCCUCUGGACUGCCUGAGGCCGCCUGGGACAUGACUGUGACCCAGCUGGAGUGCCCGGCCGGAGCCUCCGUUCGAUCCCUGACCCUGGAGGAGGAGGAGUCCGUCAUCGAGGGACGUGCCAGCACCAUCAAGGAUGGCUUCUUUGUGGCCCCGCCCGGCUGCCUGCAGUACUUCCCCGAGUCCAAGGGCACGGUCAAGUCCUUCAACUACAACAACGGCCAGGGCAUCUAUCCGGGUCACUUGAACUACGCCAUCUGCUUCCGUCGAGAAACAGAUACUAAGGGCCUUGUCAUUCGUGCCUAUGACUUCAAUGUUGGUGAUGUGGUCUCCGCCUCCACCAUGAUGACCGAUGAGAACUGCUAUAGCAGCGAUAGUACCAACGAUCUGGAUGCCGAUUUCCUGAUGGUGCCACAGGCAACCUUUGAGGAAAGCCACAAGCACGCCACCUACUUCUGUGGCUCCAUUAAGAAGGAUGUGGUCAUAUCGAGCAACAACCCUGGACCUUUGAUGGUUCUCUUCAACAGCGACGCCAUCUACAGGCAGAAUGAGGCUGGUUUUGCUUUCACCUACGUCGUGUCCUAAGCGGUUAAAAAUUCUUUGAUAAUGUAAACUAAACAAAGAAUUUGACAUUAAAGAGAGCUCUAAAAGCAAGA